AUGCAAGCUUGGGUGCUGAACAACGGCCCAAGUGCCAAGGCUGCCCCUACCACAACCGCAGGUCAUGUACACAUGGCCGAUAGCUCUGGAAGUCCCCAGAAGAGCCACGUACAUCACGGCCAGCCGGCACCAGCACAACCUCAACUAUCUUCAGCCAUAGAGAACUCACCCCCUAGAUCGCAACAGUACCAGUCCCGGAUGCCCAUUGUCAACCACCACAACACCUCCAAUGCUGCUUCCAGAGCUGCCGCCGCCUCGGCUGCUCGCAUUACGGCCGUGGGCCGAACCGCAACUGGCCGUCCAACUCAGCCCAGCCAUAGCAGAGAUGGUUCCUUGAACAUGCCUCGGACCCGAACCAUCACAUCGGAGCCUAUGCAGAAUGUGCCAAGACAAGCGCCGUUCUGGGAAGGGUCGACUGUGGACGGCUCAGCCUUCAGUGAGACUGCCAGCAUAGCUGAUUCAAGGAUAGCUCCGCCAUCUCGAGCGCCGUACGUGGACCCGGGCUUCAAGGCGCGAAACACGCCACGUCAUUACUCGAAAAGGGAUUCUGAUGCCGAGCGCGUACCAUUCGUUAUCGGCGAUAAUGGCAUUAUCGAUCUGCUGAAGGCCCCGCUGGCAAGAAGUACUUCGACUUCUGAGGCUAGAGCUCGGGUGGGCAUCAACCAGAUGCAUCAAGAUUCUGAUCGUUAUGUUGAAGACGCCCAGUAUCCCGCCGGUUUGGAUACGUCACCUGCACAGAACACAUUGAGUCACCGGGGGGCAAGGAUACCACUCCGAACCACUAAGCGUGAGUCCUUUUCGGAAAGAACCUUGUAUCCCAAUGGUCAGGACGAAGCGUCAUCACCUCCUGACCACGCCUAUCAGACACCAGGCAACGGCCUGGACUAUGCAACACGAGACAGCAAGGGGCAUUUAAGAGUUCCAACCCAUGAAGCGCACCGCUCGACAAUGUUUGAGAAUAUCGAUACUCCCAUAGCGAGCCACCAAGAUCUACCAGAAUCGGAUGAGGAAAGCUUGGCUGAGCAGCCUACACCUAAGGCAUCAGCAAAGUCUUCGCAGCCGGUUAACCGCCAGCUUUUCAGUAAGGACAGUCAAGCUAGCAAAGGUCGGAACAGCCUCAGGGAGAGCUCUAUGCCCCGCUCCGCACCCGAGAAGCGGCAUUCCUCAGUAAAGAAGAGACACUUCGAACUCGACUACGACGACAGCGCAUUGGCAACUAUGAAGUACGAUGACCUGAAGAAGCAAGCCUUCGACUUUGACCCGGCACAAGCCGAGUCCCACUCAGCCCAGCAUCCUCCGCAGGGCACCUUGCCUGAGAAGCUAGAACACUGUAUGAGCAAGGACCAACAAGCGCAAGCCACCUUCUUUACGGGCAUGUCCGUCCGGGAGUGGGAUGAUUCUGGUGACUGGUUCCUGGAGAGAUUCGGGGACGUCAUGCACCGUCUCAAAGAUGCUCGCAAAGCCAAGCGGAAGCUGGUGGACGACUUUGAGGCCGAGAUUGCCGAGCGCGAGGAAGCUGUUAGAGUCAAAAUCCACGGCAUCGGCCAGACCUUGAACGAACUCAGGAGCGAGGGCGAGGUGAUGAUGAAGAACAAAGAGCUCGAGUAA